CCAGGGGCGGACUGACCAUUUGAGCACUCGGGCACUGCCUGAGGGCCCGGUGUCAGUAGGGGGCGCCAUGAAAUGCCCCUGGUACCUUUUUUAUAGGCUUUUUUGAGUGUGGGCAAGGACACAGGGGCCCCAUGAUCCCUAUUGCCCGGGGGCCCCUAUGAGUUGUCAGUCCGCCCCUGUUCCUCCCCACACAAACACACAACGCACUCUCUUACCUGACAGCUUUGGGCAAGGACACAGGGGCCCCAUGAUCCCCUAUUGCCUGGGGGCCCCAUGAGUUGUCAGUC